AUGGCGGAUUCUGCGCACGCACCGUUGGAUACUGAAUGUUGCUUAAACCUGGAAAACAAAGCAGAGAUGGAGACGCUAAAAUCACCAGGACACAAAAACGACGACGCUAAAGAAGAAUGCACAAUCAGCGAGGAUCCGUUCAAGAAACCGGACAUUUUCGCCGCUCCUUCUGUAGCGUUGAAGAAAAACAAAUGUGUUCAGAAGCUCGUAGCUGAAACUGACAGCGAUGAACCUUUUAAAGAACCCACAGAAAAUCCUCAUCAGCCCUUUAAACAACAUUCUGGAAGUCAAACCCAAACUGAGAAGCCUGUUACAAAAGAAAAGCAGGUCCAUGUAUCACCAAAACCUGAGAUCUCAUGCAAAAAACCAGUUAAAGUGCCACCAAGUGGUAAAUUUCCUCCUCUUCCAUACACAGAGCCUCUAUGGGCAGGGGUACCAGGCGUCCCUUACACUUUUGAGUUGCUUAAGAACGGUGCCAUACUGGACACAGUGCCUCUCACUCAGCAGAGUUACUUUGUGGUGGGACGCUUACCUGUGUGUGAUAUUUCUCUGGAGCAUCCGUCCAUAUCACGCUAUCAUGCUGUAGUGCAGUAUCGUGGGAAGUCAGGAGACACCGGUGUUGUUGGGGAGGAGCUUGGAUUCUACGUGUUCGAUCUGGGGAGUACUCAUGGCACCUUUGUAAACAAGAACAAGAUCCCUCCAAAAACGUAUAUAAGGCUGCAUGUCGGCCACGUCCUGAAGUUCGGGGGGAGCACGAGGCUCUUUAUCCUUCAGGGUCCUGAAUCGGAUGAAGAGGCUGAGUCGGAGCUAACGGUUACAGAGCUGAGAGAGCGGGCCAGGAAGCAGAAAGAAGAGCUAGAAAAGAGGAUGAUGGGCGACGGCUCAGACGAUGACAUUGAUGACGAUGACGAUAAGGAGGAGAAGAAUGUUGAGAGAGUUGCUUGUGGAAGAAGUGCUGCGGACGACAGUGGCUGCUCAUGGGGAAUGGGAGAGGAUGCAGCCCCAGAGGAGGAUGAAAAUGAGGAGAAUCCAUUUGCCACAGAGUUCCAAGAGGACCAGGAAGCAGCCUACCUAAAAGAUCCCAAAAAGGCUUUGCAAGGGUUCUAUGAUCGAGAAGGAGAAGAAUUGGAGUUUGAGUAUGACGACAAAGGGCAUGGAACCUGGCUGUGCCGAAUCAAGUUGCCGGUGGACGAUGCUCUGGGUAGGCAACUGAUUGCUGAAGUCACACACUCUGGUAGAAAGAAGGAGGCAGCUGUACAGUGCUGUUUGGAGGCGUGUCGUAUGCUGGAGGUUCGAGGUCUGCUGAGGCAGGAGGCAGUCUCUCGCAAGCGUAAAAAGAAAAACUGGGAGGAAGAAGACUAUUACGACAGCGAUGACGACUCCUUUCUGGACAGGACGGGUACUGUUGAAAGGAAGAGGAAACAACGCAUGAAGAAAGCCGGCAAGAUCCAUGAGAGGCCAGAGACCUACGACUCUCUGGUUGCUAAGCUUGCUGAAGUGGAGAAAGAACUGGCUACGACUGAGAACACACUCAGUUCUUCUGGGAAAGAGGGCUCCAGCUCGGCUACAGAGGACCCUCUGGACGCGUUUAUGAGUUGUGUGCGCAGUCAGGCUGAUGUUGAUGUGGUACAAAGGAAGAAGCUGCAUGUCCAGGUGGCUGAGCUGAAGAAGGAAGUGCAGCGACUGCAGAGGCUCAUCGAUUUAACCAGACCAACAGAGCUGCCCUCGUUGCAGAGCCGGUCUGGAAAUGACCCAUCAGAGCCUGACAAACCCAAGAAGUUAGCCCUGCCUUUGUUUGGUGCUAUGAAGGGUGGAGGCAAAUUUAAAUUGAAGACAGGGACCAUAGGGACGUUGCCAGCCAAAAGGCCCAACCUGCCGCCUGAGCUCUUCAACAUGAAAGAGCUACCGCCUGGCGGAGAGGAGGAAGAUGACGAGGAUGAGCAACAGGAUGGAGAGCAGAAGACAUAUGACAUGGACAAAGAGUUUAAAGAUGAGGAGAAAGAGAGCACAGCUGCUUCAGAGUUUGAUAUGGAGCCAUCGCAUGUUGAUGAGACACAACACGAUGACACCUCAGAUGCCGGAAGACACUCAGGAGAAACCUGUUCACGGAGCCCUAAAGAGAAAACCCAGGACUCAGAGAGACCAACAGUAAAGAGGCCUUCCUCACAUGGAAAAGAAAAGGCUCAUUCUAAAGACUCCUCCUCAGCACCUCAAGGGGAAGUCCAACCUCCUCUGAAGAAGAGUGGGAAGAUGAUUGGUCCCAGCAGGCCUCCAAGCAUCGUGUCCAAACAGUACCCAGAGGACGAUCCUGAUUACUGUGUGUGGGUUCCUCCAGCAGGUCAGACCGGCGAUGGACGGACCCAUCUUAACGACAAAUACGGCUACUGAGAGCCAGAAGGUUUUAUUGGUGUCAGUGUGAUUGGUGUAAGGGCAGCUGACAAAAUACUCCAUUCCCUCAAAUGUCUGGAUGGUUUAUGGUGACUUGAGCACUUGAGACUUGCAUUUUCUUGCAUUCUUUUGGCUUCCAUCUGUGUUCGCACUUACAAUGUGUUCUUAGUGCACAGCACAAAUGGGUCUGGAAAAGGAAGCCAAGGAGGACGUUAAAUCAGUGGAGAUGGGAACAUGACGAGCACUUAGAUCUUCUGCAUUCCGAAUCCUAUAUGUUCACCCACAGCUAGAUAGUCAUACUGGAUAAUUAAAGGGAAAAAACCCACUAUGAAUGACUUGCAUAUUAAAUGUUAUAAUUAUCAUGUG